AUGAGAUUUGGUUGGCGAUCUCAAUUGAUUGAAAGGGAGGAUGAAAUUUCCAAGAAGGAGGAUUGGUUUAUGCGUUUGGGUUCACCUCCUCUAAUAGCAGAGUAUGGAGCUUUCGGUGCCAAGUAUUUUACAACGACUCUUCAGAAAGCUCCGGCUGCGCACCACCAUCUCGGAGGUCGGAUUGGUGGACCAAAUGUCCAGAUUGAUGAAAUUGGAUCGAAAAUUGAUGGUGAGACAAUCGACAUAGCUGAGUUCCUUAUUCUCACCUCUCGGCUAAGCUCUUCCAUGGCUCAAGAGAGUUUGCUCCCAUUGCUUAUAUUACGCCAGAUUUAA